AUGGAGGGUUUUCGCUCCUAUCCUUUAGAAUGCGAAUUUGGUACACAUAGCAAAGAGUGUAUUCACGCAGCCGACUAUAUUAUAAAAAACCCUGCUAUCCCUAAGCAUGCUCCCAUCAUAACAUAUGCAAAAACAGAGAAGAAGUGUAUACUAAGCGAUAUCUCUCUGUACCUCGAUUGGAAUGCAGAUACACACGCACCCAGUGCCGUUAUUACAAUUACAGGAACCAAAGGAAAAUCAAGCAUUUCUCAUGCCAUACACUCUUUGUUGUCUCGAGGUAAAAACAUAGAAGCAGAUUCACAUUUCACUGUACGGAGUUAUCUCGCGGGAAAUAUCCGAAGGUCUGUGCUCACCCUUAUAGAACAGAAUAUUCGUCCAAAGUACCUUGUGUGCGAAUUAUCUGCCCAGCAGAUAGGUGACUUACGUAUCGUGAAUGAUCUUUCAAUAAAUACUAUAGAAUGUCAGAUUUUUACUAACUUUAUGCGUGAUCACCUCAACUAUUAUAGUAAUAUGAAAGAAUAUUUUCUCGAUAAAUCAUAUCUCUUUAGAAAAUCAGCGGGCUAUAGAAAUAUAAUAAUUCCAAAUGAUAAGUGGGGCAGGCGUCUUGCGCUACACUACAAAGCAGAACAAUGCUACUGGCACAGUGCUACCCCUCUAGACAGUAGUCAGCUUGGAUCUUGGUUCGAAGAUGGAGUACUGUUGUAUAGAAGUAGAAUCGGGGCAACAGCUACCGCGCUUCGUUGUUUCUCGAAUGUUCCGUACUCAUACUACAUACAAAACGUGCUCAUUCUUAUGGCUUUUUGCUUAGCACAUAAUGAGGAUAUGCCACGGGACAGAGAAACAUGGGAAAAACUACUUACGCUAGAACACAGGAAGGAACGGGUUGCAAAUAAUCUUAAACGUGUAUUUAUUAACGACAGCGCAGCUACCAUUCCCCAGGCCAUGAAUAUAGCAGCAUUGGCACCCCAUUCCGUGCACCUUAUCUGCGGCGGAACAGACAAAGAACUACUCCCUCAAGACUUGCUGGUGCAAUGCAAAAAAGCAGAGCACUGUUACCUGCUAGAGGGUACCUUUACUUCGCUACUGCUCCCUCUACUGCGUAAAGAACGCAUUUCUUAUUCUGGACCCUAUAAUAGCUUACAGCAUGCAGUAGAAGAAGCGUACACGCAGAGCUACGAUGGCGAUAUCAUCAUACUCUCACCAGGUUGUGCUUCUUUUGGUAUGUUUAAGCAUGAAUUUGACAGGGGAGAGCAAUUUAAGAACAUUGUCCAAUCGCUUGGCUAG